AAGUUCUGCUCUGAAUACUCCUUUCGUUGCCAUUGUUCGUUCUCUAUGUUGUCCACACGCAUGCGAUUGUGGCCCACUGUGCCAGUCAGCUGUUUCAGCCAGCAGUUUUUGGAAUUUUUGCAGACACAAAAGUUGAAUUUAAAUAAAACUAAAAAUGCUGCGUUCGCUGUUGGGAGCACAAAAGUGCUGGAGUUUGGUCAGCAGAACUGCUGGCCAGAGCAGACAUCUCAUCGAGAUGACCACAAGGGUGUCGCCCGCUGCCUGGACGCUGUCCAGACGGCACUACUCACCGCCCACGCACAUCAAGCAAUCGGCGGUGCCCAAUGAUUCCGGGACCAUGGCCGAGAUCAAACUGGAGAUGAUGAAGAGAUUGGGCCUGGAGCCGGGCUAUAAUCCGCUGCCCAAGUCACGCGAGCAUUUACUCAAGUACCAGCCCAAGCUGGAGGACCUGCCGGCACGCGCCAUGCAGGACUCUUUUACGUCGGCCAUUCUGCCCCUGAGCACGGACCGUACGCUGCAGGACAAGUAUGUCAACUAUCUGGGCAGUGUGCGCCUGGGCAGGCUGUUGGAGGAUAUGGACAUGUUUGCAGCCUGGUGCUGUCACAAGCAUUUGAAGCUGCCCCAUCUGCCGGAGGGUGUGCAUCUGCCAUAUACGUUUGUCACCAUACUCGUGGAUCGCAUCGAUUUUACCAAGCUGCAGGCCUCCGGCACCGAGGAUAUUCGUCUCUCCGGUCAUGUCUCCUGGGUGGGCACCAGCUCCAUAGAAGUUGUGGUGUGGCUGGAGCAAAUGGUGAAUGGUAGCUACAUGAAACUGACGCGAGCACUUUUCCUGAUGGCCGCCAGGAAUGCAAUCAACACGGCGGCUGCUCCAGUCAACCCCAUCCAGCCGGCCAACGAGGAGGAGAAGGUUAUCCUGGCCGGAGGCAAAGAUCGCAAGCGUCAGCGCCAGAUCCGUUGCGCAGAGUCCGUCUUCAAUGUGGAGCCCAACGAUCCCGAGCAGACGCUCAUGUAUCAGCUGUACAAACGGACCACGCCCAGCACCACGCUGGAGCUGAACAAGCGCAUUCUGCCGCCAAAUAGCCGCUGGAUGUCGGACUCGUUCCAGAUGAGCACCAUACCCUCAUUCCCGGAGCAUCGCAAUCACCAUAACCGAGUCUUUGGCGGAUUUCUCAUGCGUAGCGCGAGCGAGAUAAGCUGGGCGGCCGCCUUUCUCUACUGCAAGAAGCGGCCCAAGCUGGAGCACAUCUCCGACAUCAGCUUCGAGAAGCCAGUGGGUGUGGACAGCUUCAUCAAGAUGACCGCAUAUGUGGUCUACACGAACCUCAACUAUAUGCAGAUCAUGACCGUGGCGGAUGUUCUGGACACGCAAACGGGCAAUCAGGUCACCACGAACACAUUCUACUACACCUUCUCGGCGCCGGAUACAGUCACAGAGGUGCUGCCACGCUCGUACCACGAGACCAUGUGGUACAUACAGGGCCGUCGCAAGUUUGAGGCCAGCAUGGGCCUGAAGUAGACAACUGUAGUAAAACAUAACCCAAUGAUAAUUAACCGAGGCUACAUAUAUGCAUAUAUGAUAUGAGAUAAUUGAUAUUCCCUGUUCUUCUGUCCAAUGUCUUAAUAAAGUGUAAUCCUCUAAUCUGAU